GUGACGGUGAGGCAGCUGCUCACGCGCCGACUGGGGCUGCGCUUCGGGUUCUGGCGCGCGGCGGCCGCGUGCGCGCGCGAACGUGGGCGGGAAUUGCGUGCGGCGGAGCCGGGGCGCGCAGAGCGCGUGUCCGACGUGCUGCGGCGGCGCUGCUUUGGCGCCUGGCGUCGGCUCGGUCGCGGGCGCUGUCGACUGCGGCUGGUUCGACAGGCGUGCGCGCUGGCGGCUCUGCAACGCUGGAAACGUGUGUGGUACCACGCGCUUUCGGUGACCUUUCUGCGCGAACGGCUGUGUGUGGGGCGCACGCGGCGGCAGCUGCAGCUGUGGCGCGCAUUCGCGGACGCACUGGCCACGCGCGAGUGUCGCACGGCCGCGGCCGCGCGGCGGCUGGACGCCGCGCUGCGAGCGGCGCUUUGCCGCACAUUGUGGCGCCCGGCGUUGGCGCAGCUGCGGCGCCGCGCGGAUCUUUGGCUCGAGCUGCGCACGCACACGAAACUCCGGCUCUGCGCACGCGCGUUGCCCCUCUGGCACGCACGCGCGUGUCGCAGUCGUGGCGCGCGCGCGCUCGUUCAAAAACUCGCGCGGCUGCGUGAGGCCGCACUCCUCCGUCUCGCACUUGGCCGUCUGCGCCAACGCUGUCUGCUACGCCGUUUCACCGCCCUCGCCCGGGCCCUCGCCCGACCCGCCGUGCGUCCCGCUUUCCUCAAACAGCAGACCUUCAAUCACUGGCACGACCUCUACAUCGCCCGCUACCAGGAGCUACCGAAGUUGGAGAAGGGUUCCGGACGGGGGACGGAACCCGUAGCGAGGACGGAACCCGGAGCGUUGCGGAUGUUGCAGGAGCGUUUCGAGCAGCGGUGUUCGGUGUACCCGAGGGUGUUGGCGUUGCGAGUCUGGCGGGUGUGCACGCGCGGUGUGGUGGCGGCCGGCUGCAUCGCGAGUGGGCGCAGCGUGGCAGCGGGUGCACGUUACCUGGCCAUUUGGCGCGCGGCUACGCAGCACUGCGUGUGCGCGCGACGGAUUGCGGCGCAGCGGCGGCGGGAGGUGGGUGUCUGGGCGUUUCGGAGUUGGCGUGUAUUGGUGACGACAUUGUUUGAGCGUGCGCGCGCGUUUGAUGUCGUGCGUGGCGUAAAUAUACGCGCACGCGCGAAGGAGGCGUUACUUCGUUGGGCGCUGGCGGCGCAGUUGGAGCGUUACGAACAGCGAGCGGCGGCGGUGGUGCGGGAGACGUUGCGCGCCACGGUGGUUCGCGAGGCGUUGCGCACUUGGCGUGCCGGCUGCGUCGUGCGACGUUGGGCAGCGCAAGUCGAGCUGCUCACCGCGCGCUGGCAGCAGACGAUCGCUCGCGCACAUGUCUGCGCCGCUCUCGGUGACUGGCGCCGUCUCGCGCAACGCCGACUCACCGCCAAGGCUUCGCGUGUACAACAAACACAUUUACGCCGCCUUGCGCGCCGCCUUUUCCGCCGCUGGCUACAGUGCGCCCUCCGACCCUGCCUCAAGCACCCUUGCCUCUCGCUCCAACCGCCCCUAGUCGGACGCACCGCCCCUGCCCUCCUCGACCAAAGGGGAGGAAAUGGACUAGGAGGGAGUGGUCGUAGGCAGGACACAUGCUCCAUCACCGACGAUUGCUCGCCCGGUGAGGAAAUGGCGCGCGUGGACUUCCUCGGCGCGCGGCCACGGUCGCGGAUCCGCGCGCCCUCUGCGGACUACCUGCAGCGGAAGGCCGGUUGGGCGCCUACGGAGUUGGACCGGACAGCCGUGGGAGAGGAGAACCAGGGCCCCCGGCGUUCGGCGCACCGGGCAGCGGGGGGGACGGAUUGCGACGCCAGUAGCGAGCCUGAUGAGGUCCCGAGCGACCCGCGGAUCGGCGCUGCUCAGCUUCAAGCAGCAGGCAGGUUCCGGUCCAGAUUCCGGUCCAUCGACUGGCUGCCAGACGGCCACCGGGGGUUGCUGGACGGGAGUGGUCGGAUGGAGGUGGCCCGGGAAGCGAGGUCGGUGAAGCGGCCGAUCGCAGCGGUCAGGCUUCCGCCUCAAGGGCCAUCUGACGCCCGCUAUGGCUCGAAUACGGUCGGCGGCCCAAGUACGGCGGCGGCCCAAGUACGGCCGGCGGCCCGGGAUGGCUCGAGGUCUACGGCACGCCCGAGGAACAGAGCGUCGACUGGGGCUUGGAGGAUCGGGAUUCCGGCGGAGUGA